AUGGCCGCGUGUGUUGCGUCAGCUGGAGCCCCACCUCGACAUUACAUCUCGAUCACGGCGUCCUCGUCAACCAGAGCUCCGCGCCCGUUUUCGCAACGUCCUCGCUGGACAGUACUUUUUUCUCACGCUCUCUCCCUAGAAACCGCGAAGCUCUGGUGCAUCCAUGAUGAUCAUCCGUCUCUGGUCCACACGCUCUCCGGACACAUCAAUCGCGUCAGCGCGGUGGCCUUCCACCCCUCAGGCCGCUUCGUUGGCACCGUCAGUCUCGACUCUUCUUUUCGUCUCUGGGACGUGGAAACGGGGAACCAGCUGCUCCUCCAGGACGGUCACGCACGUGACGUCAUGGGCUUAUCAUUUCAGCGCGACGGGAGCCUCGCGGCGACAUGCGAUCAAUCGGGCGUGUGCCGCGUGUGGGACCUUCGAUCGGGGCGCAGCGCGCUGGUUCUGCAGGUAAGCGACGGAGCGGUGAGCGGUGACGCGCAGGGCCACGCGAAGGGAAUGCUGUGCUGCCGCUUCGCGCCGAACGGGUUCCAACUGGCGACGGCGAGCGACGACAACACGGUGAAGAUGUGGGAUCUGCGGAAGCAGAAGGCGGUUUAUACGGUGCCGGCGCACAGAAAUGUGAUUCCGGAUAUUCGGUUCGAUGCGUCUGGCGAGUUCUUGGUGAGCGGAGGGUUCGAUCGGACGGUGAAGGUGUGGUCGACGCGAAAUUUUCAGUGCGUGAAGACAUUGGAGGGGCAUGAUGGGAGUGUUACGGGAGUGGACUUCUUGACGAACAAGGUGGGCGUGGUGUCUGGAGUUGCGAUGUUUUUUAAGCUUUGUGUUUGUUUGAAUUUUAUGGAAGGCGGAGAAAGUUUUUUUACAGUGCAGUACUAUAAUUCAACGAUUUCGAAAAAGAGACCGAGGAGCGAGUUGCUACCUGUAGGAGAAUGUAAGAAGAAGGGUAAAUUGCAGAGUGGUGCCCAGGAGGACAAAAGCGCUUUUCCAGAGACAUCGAAGAUGGUGGAAACAGGUUUUUCCAUGCUGAAGCCCUGGUAUCCUGCUGGGAAUCCAUCCCUGGUCUCAAACAGAAACAUCUCGUAUGAUAGCAAGGAACUCGACUCCAGUGACCAGUCGGUUCCGUCUAGCUAUCUUUCAGGUUCGCAAAGUGGCUUGGGACCUGAUCUAACCUUCACUCCUCCUGUGGGGGUGCAGAUGGUCGAGAACGUCCCAAGCCAGCCCUGUUUUCAGUAUUACUACCCGUAUUACCAAUCGCCAAGUUACCUCCCAAUUCCUCAGAUCGUUCCACCCCCUCCAAGUGUUCCUAUUAUCAACCCGAUUGUGUACGAUAAUAACAUUGACGUCGGUAUGUCCGACUUGCAUUAUGUUUCUUCAGAUGCGUUCACCAUUUUGAACGCGCGUCCGCGGCAAGACAUUCGAAUUCCGCGUCUUUCAAAACCGUUAAAACACCGAACUCCUUCGGAAUUGAUUCCCUCCUUACUUCCAACCCAGAAGAAAACACCUGAGCUAAUCGGUGUAAAGCAGCCGGAACGAACUUCGGAUUCUCCCUCUGUGAUUGUGCAUUCCAAUCCGAGUAAUGAAGAAGACAAUGGAGACAAAUACACACUCCCUGUGUUUCUGAAAACGAUAUUUGGGUGAAGAAGUGAUUGAUCAU